GGCGCCUGGGCUGCGGGCUCUGCCACCGCCGGGGCGCGGGGACGGCCGUGUUCCUCGGCCUCGGCCGCACGCGGCUGCGGGUGGACGCUCUCGCGGGGCCGUGGGAAGCCCGGGACGCCGCCGGGGACGCAGUCGGCGCCGCCCUCCGCGCUCCCUUGCGGCGGGCCGAGGCGGGUGGGCGCGUGCGCGGGGGAGAUGGUGGUGCUGCCCGUGCCCGCCGAGGUCAGCGUGAUCCUGUUGGACGUCGAAGGUACCACGACCCCGAUUGCUUUCGUGAAGGACGUUUUAUUUCCUUACAUCGAAGAAAAUGUUAGAGAGUAUCUGCAGACACACUGGGGGGAGGAGGAGUGCCAGCAGGACGUCAGGCUUUUGAGGAAACAGGCGGAAGAGGAUUCGCACCUGGAUGGGGCUGUUCCCAUUCCGGCCUGGUCUGGCAGCGGAGGAGACGACCCCCAGCGGACGAUCCAGGCCGUGGUGGACAACGUGUGCUGGCAGAUGGCCCUGGACCGCAAGACCACGGCGCUGAAGCAGCUGCAGGGUCACAUGUGGAGGGCGGCGUUCGCAGCCGGGCGCGUCAAGGCCGAGUUCUUCGAAGAUGUAGUUCCAGCAGUCCGGAAAUGGAGAGAGGCUGGAAUGAAGGUGUAUAUCUAUUCCUCAGGGAGUGUAGAAGCCCAGAAGCUACUAUUUGGGCAUUCUACAGAGGGAGACAUUCUUGAGCUUGUUGACGGGCACUUUGAUACCAAGAUCGGACACAAAGUGGAGAGUGAGAGUUACCGAAAGAUCGCAAGCAGCAUCGGGUGCGCCACCAACAACAUCCUGUUUCUGACAGACGUCACCCUGGAGGCCAGCGCUGCCGAGGAAGCGGAUGUGCACGUCGCUGUGGUGGUGAGACCCGGCAAUGCGGGGCUGACAGACGACGAGAAGACUUACUACAGCCUCAUCUCGUCCUUCAGCGAACUGUACCUGCCCUCCUCAGCCUAGAGCAGGAGCCGGAGGGAACACCAGCCUGUCCUCACAGACUUCUCCCUGUAGUCUAGUUUUAUUCUAAUGGUCAAAGUAACUAACUUAAAAAACCAUAUAUAUACACACAUAGGUAUGCAAGUGUAUACAUGCAUACAUUUAAAUUGCCUUCCACAGGCAAAUAAGUGAAAAAAAAAAUCUCUGUUCAGUGAAAAGGAAACUUAUUUAAAGAUGCUUUCUGUGUAGAAAUUGUUUGAAACCACAAAUCUAACCCUUACUGAGGGCAAAACAUAGCUGAUAGAAGAAUUACCACAGUGCAGAUCACAUGUGUCAUGUUUAUCGAGUCCUGUACCAAUGUGGAAAGGUAGGUUCGAGAAGCUAUUUAGAAGCCUUGUUAUUUUAAAAAGCUAGAAGUAUUUCACCUAAUUCUUCCCAAUAAUUCUUCUCCUUUUAAAUUAUGAGUUAGAGGAUUGUGACAGCUGAAUUUCAAAAUAUUAGCCUCCCUCUGUACAGAAUAAAAAGCCAUUUAUUUCUGCUCUAAAAGAGAGCAAAAUUGGGAGAGGAAACUCAUUUGAAUCUUGAAGUUGCAUGCAAACAUCUAUUACUGAAGAAACUUGAGCUGAUCAUUGUGGCAUCCCCAGCAGCGGUUGCCUUACCAAUGAGAAAAGUGCAUUGAUAACAGCUAAAAUAGGAAUGUGACUCCUAAUGUUUAACAGAAUAGUCCUAAUCCUGCCAAUUGUCAUCAUAAUAGAUCGUAUAGUUGCCUUUCUAACUACUUCUUAGCACAGUUUGAGAAUAUAUGUUGCAGUUUACUAUUGAAAAGCAAAAGAUGUUUUUUUUUUUUUGAAAAGCAAAAGGUUUACUGAAAUCAUUCCUCAAGAUCCUUCUAGAAGAUCCCUAAUAAUGUAAUAUUUUCCUCUGAAAUGGAUGCAAAGAGUGUAAAUUUUAUAACAGCAUUAUUUAUCCUGGUUCAAUUCUAGUGGGAUGUCUUGUCAAUUUCAUGCUGUGAUUAAUAAAAACAUUUUCUUCUUCA